UUGUGUGGGUGUUAGCAUCAUAAAAAUUUGAUCUUUCUCAUUUACAUACACAUUUGUUCCUUCCCAACUUGUGUUAUGAAAUCAGAAAUCAGUUAAAUUUCCAGCAAAUAAACUAACAAUGUCUAAAACUUUUUUUGCCUCAAACACUAUUCUUCCGCCAUGGAAUUCCUCUGAGCCACCAUUAAUCCCCUGUAAUUCCCAAUUCCACUUCAAACCCACCACCCGCCGUCACCUUAUCACCUCAAUUUCCAUCCUAAUAACUCCAUUUUUGGCUAGUGACCCAUUUAGCCCCUUUCCAUUACCAGUGUCCCAUGCUCGUGGGCUUUUUCAAAUGCCCCCUUUUCGCCUCACUAACAGGUACUUUUUGGUGAGAGCAGGGGAAUCGGAAUAUGAGAGUCUGGGGCUGAUUAAUACUAACCCGGUAGCCAAAACAUCGGUGGAUAAUGGGCUGUCUGAGAAAGGGAAGAAACAGACAGUUAGGGCGGCGUUUGAUUUGAAGGAAAUGAGGGCUUGUGAUGGGAAUUGUUGGAUUUGGCCUUCAAUCACUCAGAGAGCUUAUCAGGCUGCUGAGAUUAUCGCUGCUGUUAAUGGUGUUAAUCGAAGCCAUAUAGUCCCUGAAUAUAGCUUUCUCGAUGCUCGUGGAUUGGGGGCAUAUGAAGGAAAAAGUUUGGAUGCUUUAUCUGAAGUGUAUGAAUCAGAUAGCCUUUCUCCGAACAUAAAACCACCUCCUACUGAUGAUGGAACACCUAAUGAGAGUGUUUUGGAUGUCUUUGUUCGUGUAACACAAGUUAUGUCGAUUCUUGAAACUCAAUACUCUGAGGACACAGUCAUCAUAGUCUCACCAGAUUCUGAUAACUUGACAAUUCUGCAAGCUGGUUUAACAGGGCUUGAUCUUCGAAGGCACAGGGAUCUUUCUUUUGGGCCAGGUGAAGUUAGAUUUGUUGACGCUAGCAGCAUACCUACCUAUAAGCAACCUGCAUCCACAGUUUAUAAAUGCUUAAACCCCCCUAGCUGUACAUGACAUGAUAAUCCUAAGCUUGGAUUUCACCACCAAGAAUGCAGGAUCGUUUCUUAUCAUUGUUGGUG